CGCUCGAAAGGGGCUACUAUGAUGGUGUUUGUCACGACGCUCUCUGGGAGAAUCGACGCUAUUGGAUGCACACCCACGGAUACGGUGGCGUCCAUCAAGGCCAGGAUCCAAGACAAAGAAGGCAUCGCGCCUGAAGACCAACGUCUCACUCAUGCCGGCAAGCGCCUCCAGGACCACCUCACGCUUGCCGCCUACAACAUCCAGAAUUUGAGCACUGUGUAUCUGUCGGCGAGGCUGCUUGGCGGC